AAUGACAUCGAUGGCAGUUGGAGAUAUGACUGUUGGAAUAAUUACUCUUCCAACAGCUUUCAUUGCUGAGAAUCUAGUAGUCAAUUUCACGUACAAAACUUGCUUGAUCAAUUAUGGUGCGACGAUUGCUUGUCCGUUAAUUUCCGUUUUGCACUUCAUCAUAAUCGCGGCUGAAAAAUUCAUUACUAUUCAAUAUCCGCUUAGAUAUCAACAGAUUGUUACAAAGAAGGCUGCGAUAAUCUCGUGUUUUAUCGUAUGGCUUAUAUCAUUGUUGGUAGGAUUCCUUCCACCAAUUAUUCUUAUCAUUAUUAAUAAACCAUCAUACGAAUGGUUUAAUUAUUGUUCCCCACUCUUUAUUUUCCCUGAUGGUUACAUGUUCUCUUCAGUAAUCGUCUUCUUGAUACCAACUAUGAUAACUGUUUCUGUUUUGUAUGCAAAAAUUAUUUAUAUUGCCAGAAAGCAGAGUAAUAAAGUUUCCGCAGAGCAAACUAAGCAAGCUUCUCAAUCACAAAGAGCAAGGAUUAUUAGGGGUAUGGCAAUUAUUUUAUUUGUCUUAUUAUAUUUUUUAGCAUCGUGGCUACCUCUUGGGGUUUUACUGUUAAUACCCAACCUAGACAUUUCCCAAGAAGUAUGGGGAAUAAUUAAGAUGAUAGCUUUCAGUAAAGCGUGGAUUGAUCCUAUUGUCUUUGGAAUCGGUAGCAAGGAAAUUCGUAAUGCUGUCAUGCGGCUCAUUUGUGGAAGAAAGGUAGCCGAUGAUUAUUAA